AAAAUCGUAGUCUUUUACAAUUCGUGAUAGGUAGGUGAAUAUUAUCAACUAAAAAACUCUAUAAGAAAUGAAAUUUUACAAUGACUAUUUACAAUGACUAUCAACACACAAACCAAAAUAAAAUAAAAUCUGUACGAGACAGAACGGAGAUAACGUUCAAUCUAACGACGACCAUCCUCAGAUUGAACGGCUACCCAUCACAAGUGGUAAAAUUUCAUUUCUUAUAGAGUUUUUAGUUGAUAAUAUUCACCUACCUAUCACGAAUUGUAAAAGACUACGAUUUUUUCUAGCAAUAGAAAAUUGUGUAUUUCAGAAACGGAGCUAGAAGGUUGAAACUUUCUGUGUAUUAUCUAGACAUGUAAGUCUACCGCAGAAAAAGAUUUCAGCCUUCUACUCCGUUCUCAGACAGAGUUAUAGAUUUUAUAAUUUCUCUAUUUUUCCUAGAGGGAAAAUAGAAAAAUCUCUAUAACUUUUGAUGGAAGAGGCAUGGGCACGAACCCUUUUAGUGUUAUAACCAUCUCGACAUGCUCUAUCGAUUGAGGUAUAAAUGAGUCGAAACUGAGUCCAACAUCUUAGAAUCUUUCCUCAUUAGUCAUUAUGUUUGCCCUCUUACAUUUUAUAGUGCUGUAAAUGAAGAAGUACUAUACAUAAAGUACCUUUUUCCACUAGGAAUUGACUAUAAAAUUUAUUUUUUCUUUAGCCUUUACUUUAGAUAUUUUUAUUUUCCCGCUUCAGCUUUUUCGAUAAAUAUUCCUCUGCCUUGUUUAUUUAGAAAGUAUCGUAGUUGGGUCCAACUAGAUACGGAAAAGUCAGUACCAAUCGCUGAUGUCUAUUCAUCAACGGCCAGUGAUGCAAAACGUCGUGCUGCAUCUCGUGCACUUGAAUGGUUGAUGAAACGAGAACCAGAACAUAUUCUUCGAACAAAACCACUAGUUGCAAAUACCGAAUAUGAUGAAAUGGCAAAUACAGUUGGUGAUUUUAUUAAACAUAUUCGAUCAUCGGAGUCUGCUCCAGAAAUAUUGCGUUCAUUGGAUAAACAAUAUUAUGCAGCAUUUGUAUUAAAACGCACAUCGAAAGACACUGGCAAAGUUGUUGCAUUUGGUAUUGGUAAUCGUUGUCCAGAUCCGGAUCAUGUCACUGAAGGCGGUGAAACAUUACUCGAUUGUCAUGCAUUAACAUUGGCUCGUCGUGCUUUGAUACAAUAUUUAUACGGAGAAUUACAUUAUUGUCUUCAAGAUAGUUCAGUGACAAAAAUUCGUUCAAUAUUUGAAUAUGCUGAUGAUAGUUUAACAAAAUUUCAAAUUAAAAAAAAUGUCACACUUCAUUUAUGUUUAAGUGAUAGUCCAAAUGGUGAUGCACGAGAUUAUUUACCAGCUGAUACAAAUUCUGAAAUGAAUUCAAUGCAAGUUGUACAAAUGAGAACGGCUGGUCAUGCGCCAGAAUUUAGUCAACCUGAACAUGGUUCACUUAAAUAUAAAUUAUCAACUGGUAUGGACACAAUUAUUGCUGAUCCAAUUCAACGUUAUGCUAUCAUGUCAUGUAGUGAUAAAAUAUUGAAAUGGAAUGUUUUGGGUAUUCAGGGUGCUCUGUUAUCAAAUAUUAUUGAACCGUUCAAAAUUUCAUCUAUCACAUUUUUGAGUGGUUACAAAUUGGAACAUACAUGUCGUGCAUUAUGUUGUCGUUUACAAAAUGCAUCCAUUGAAACUUGUAUGUUAUCUAGUUAUUAUACAUUUGUUAACUAUUUAGGUCGAAUGAAAUAUCCGCUUGUACCAGAGAAAACAAUUGAAUCAAAUUUUAGUUAUUCAUGGUCAUUGGCUUACCAAGGUGAAGUGAUCGAUGCAGUACGAGGCAAACCAGUAACUGGUGGUAUGAGUUUAUUAUCGAAAUUACAAUUAUUUAUCGAAUAUAAAUCGAUUAGUCAUCAAUUACGACGUAUGGUUUCGAUCGAUUCAACCUAUUACAUACAAAAACAAGCGGCAAAAACAUAUCAACAAAAAAAGCUUGCAAUGAAAAAUUAUUUAGAACGUCAAAAAAUGGGUUAUUGGUCAUUUCAAAAAAAACAUUUAGAACAGUUUAAAAUACAAUCGACAGUCUCUGGUAUUGUACGAAAUAUUAUGUGUUAA